AUGACUGAUGGCCGGCCGCCGGGGGGGGGGCCCACCAGGCUGCGCCGACACAGCCGACAGAGUCAGGCGAGGCGCAGCUCCAGCAACCGGGUGGUUCUGGACAGAGUCCUGGGCAUCAGCACAGCCAACAGCAGCGGGCUGACCUGCGACCCAAACUCGGGGCUGAUCGCCUAUCCCGCAGGAUGUGUUAUUGUGCUUCUGCAUCCAAAGAAGAAUAAGCAGAGUCACAUCAUCAACACCUCCAGAAAACCCUUCAGCGCCCUGGCUUUCUCUCACGAUGGGAAAUAUCUCGUCACUGGUGAGAGCGGUCACAUGCCGUGCGUGCGGGUGUGGGAGGUGGGCGGCGGCCAAGUCGCCGACGUCCAGAGCCACAAGUACGGCGUCGCCUGCGUGGCCUUUUCUGCCAACGGCGCCUACAUCGUCUCUGUGGGCUACCAGCACGACAUGACGGUCAGCGUGUGGGACUGGAGGAAGGGGACGGUCAUCGCCUCCAACAAGGUGUCCAGCCGGGUGGCGGCGGUUUCCUUCUCCGAGGACAACAGCUACUUCGUGACGGCGGGAAACCGACACGUCAAGUUCUGGUACCUGGACGCGUCCAAGGAGCGCCGGGUGAACAGCACGGUGCCUCUCAUUGGUCGGUCAGGGUUGCUAGGCGACCAUAAGAACAGUGUGUUCUGCGGCGUUGCGUGUGGGCGGGGCCUCAUGGCCUCCAGCACCUACUGCAUCACCAGCUCCGGCCUGCUCUGCCUGUUCAGCAGCAGCCGGCAGCUGGAGGCCUGGGUCGACCUCAAGACGGCGUCGGCCAGCUGCCUGGCCGUCAGCGAGGCCUACAUCUUCUGUGGCUGCGCCGACGGGACGGUGAGGGUGUUCAGUCCGGCCAACCUGCAGUACAUCAGCACCCUGCCCCGCCCCCACCGCCUGGGCGUCGACCUCACACAGGAUGCGCCGCACAGCCCGCUGACCUCCGGCCCUGCGGCUCAGCACCCCGACACCCUGGCUCUGACCUUUGACCCGGCGGCGCGGCGCCUGACGUGCGUCUACAGCGACCACAGCGUGUUCGUGUGGGACGUGGGCGACAUGAGGAGCGUGGGGAAGCUCUACUCAGCUCUGUACCACAGCGGCUGUGUGUGGAGCGUGGAGGUUUACCCGGAGCUGGCCGAGCCGUCCCGGGCCUGCCUGCCGCCCGCCUCCUUCCUCACCUGUUCCUCCGACAACACCAUCCGGCUGUGGCACGCCGAGCCGCCCGCCGCCCACCGCAACCUCUACAGCCACGAGCUGCUGAGGAUCGUGUACGUCGGGGAAAACACGCAGCACCUGCAGGCGGACGGGGAGCGUGUGGACGGAGCAGGGGCUGAUGGGAAGGCGGGGAUCAGAGUGCUGGGUGUCAGCCCGGACGGACAGCACCUGGCAGCUGGAGACCGCUGUGGCAACCUGCGGAUCUUCGGCCUGCAGUUCCUGGAUGAGCUGGUGAAGAUCGAGGCUCACGACUCGGAGGUGCUCUGUCUGGAGUUUUCCCCCGCGGCCACAGGUCUGAAGUUGCUGGCGUCGGCCAGCAGAGAUCGUCUGAUCCACGUCUUCGACCUGCAGAGGAGCUACAGCCUGCAGCAGACGCUCAACGACCACUCGGCCUCCAUCACCGCCGUCAAGUUCACCGGUGAGAGCCCGGCGGUCCACAUGGUGAGCUGUGGAGCUGAUAAGAGCAUCUACUUCCGCUCAGCCGAGCAGACGGCUGAGGGCUUGGUGUUCUCCAGGAGUCAUCACGUGGUGGAGAAGGCGACUCUGUACGACAUGGACCUGGACGCCUCACGGACCCACGCCGCCAUCGCCUGUCAGGACCGGAACAUCAGGGUGUACGACGUGGAGAGCGGGAAGAUGAGGAAGUGCUUCAGAGGCUCGUCCAGUGACGACGGAGCGCUGCUGAAGGUUCAGAUGGACCCGUCGGGCACGUUCCUGGCCACCAGCUGCUCUGAUAAGAACAUCACCAUCUUAGACUACGAGUCAGGAGAGUGUGUGGCCUCGCUGUUCGGACACUCCGAGAUUGUCACCUGCAUGAGGUUCAGUCAGGACUGCAAACACCUGAUCACCGUGUCAGGAGACAGCUGUGUGUUUGUGUGGCGGCUGGACUCCCAGAUGACCAACACCAUGAGGAAGAAGCUGGCGAGGCCGACGGCCGGAGACAAGAGCAGCAGCAGCAGGAAGCAGCGCGGCAUCAGGAGGGAGACCUUCAUCUCCGUGCCCUCAGCCAGGCUGCCGCACCCUGAGGAGGAGCAGGAGGAGCACGAGGAGCAGGAGGAGCAGGAGGAGCAGGACCCCAAGACUCCCGCCAGGCUGGACUCCACUCAGGAGUUCCCUGCAGAGCCGCAGCUCCUCCAGACCAACGGCAGGCUCCCCAUGUGGUUCCGCAAACUGCAGGGACACGGUGGAGGCUCCUCUGUGGUCCAACCCACAGCUGAGCCAGAGCCCCGCCUACCACGAGGCCGGUGGGCGGAGCAACCAAGUGCCAUCACCAUCUACUCCCACUACUCCCCCAGUCCCACCAAGAGCCCCACGGAGGAGGAGGAGGGGGAGGGGGAGGAGGACCUGCAUUUCCACCCUCAGAGCCUGGACAGGCUGCUGGGGGAGGAGGAGGAGGAUGAAGACGCUGAGGAGGAGGAGGAGGAGGAGGAGGAGGUUAACAUGCCAUUUAAAAUGCAGAUUUACUGUCAGAAUGAAAUGACUCACCUGAUGAUGAAGCCUCCGACAGGACGGCUGUGUCUGUGUGGAGGUCAGAGGUCAGAGGUGCAGGAUGAAGACAGGUGUUCUGCCCUGAGCUCCUCUGAGGGCAGCGGCUGCCUCCUCUACCCCCCCGACAGCAGCGCCACCCACGGGGAUUUUGACGUGCAGGCCCUGAGUGCAGCGCAGCGUGCCCCCCCCCAGCUGCCGGGUCAGGGUGGAGGUCAGGGGGAGGAGCUGAGCCCGGACUCGGCGUGCUCGGAGGGCUCAGCUGGCAGCCUGGACCAGCCGCAGGACGACACAGACUCUCUGAGUCAGGGCAGCUCUGUGGGCAGCUCAGGUUUGGACGAGGAGGAGGAGGGAGACGCUCUGAGGAGUCACUUUGAGACUCUGGCCGACAGCCUCGCCGCCGAGAAGUUCGACACAGACCUGAGGAGCCUGCAGCCGGCCGAGGACAGACACCUGCUGAACCCCCGACUCAGCAUCUCCACCCGCUUCCUGUCCCGCUUCCAUGACCGAAUCAGGGCGUGGUCAAGCCAAGCUCCGCCUCCCCGGAUCUCAGAGGAGAGCAGCCUCAGCAGCUCUGUGGUGAGGUCGCAGUCGGGCGCCGACGCCAUCUCGACCCCGCCCCCGCCGCCGGCCCCGCCCGCCCCCAAGGAGAAGGACAGCACCUGCAGCCCAAGGCCCAGCAGGAGAGCCUCCUGCCUGCCUUCCCAUCAGCCCCUGCAGCCGCCCAGACCGCCACGCAGACGCAACACAGUCGCUGUCAUCCAGCGCACAGACAGGCUGGGAGACGUCACGGCCAAGGCUCUGUCCGCCCACAACGCCGCGCCGCCGCCGGCCCAGCAGGCACCGGGCCGCCAGCGCUACAUGGGCGCCACGGCCAGCUCCCGGGCCAAGGCGUCCCAGGACCUCCAGACCGCGGGUCAGGAGGAGAAGGAGAACCUGACCGCCGCCCUGUCUGAGGCCCCGCCCCCUCCCUCGCCCUCCGCCGUCCUGGGGAACCACAGCGCCAGAGCCGCCCUCCACCUGGACCUGGCCUCCAGUCUGGCUCCGGCCCAGAAGCCGCAGAGGAACGGAUCCGUGGCGUCGCCGUGCCGACCAGCCCUGGUAACGCCCACUGAGAUGCGGUCGCUAGGCAGGGAAGGGAGGCGGAGCAUCAGCAGCAUCGAAGAGAGACUGUCGGCUCGAGGACGAACCCUCAGCCCCUCCUCCUCCACCUCCUCCUCCUCCUCCUCCUCCUCGUCCACGGCAGCUUCCAUCAUCACCUCCACCGGCUCGUCCUCGUCCUCGUCCUCCUCAGCAGCUUCCAUCAUCACCUCCUCCUGCUCCUCUUCCUCGGGGUCCCGGCUGGCAGGAGGUACAGGAGGAACGGAGAGUCAAGUCGAGGCACAUCCAGUAUCGAAGCCGUCGCUGGAAGCUCCGCCCACCUCCCCCUCCUCUCUGUCAGACAGGCUCCGCCCACCUCAGCCAGGCGGUGAUGAGGACGGCGUGAGCGUCCAGCGCUGCCACCAGGUGGCCAACGAGCUGCGGCACACAGUGAGGCGAGCCCUGCAGCUCUACCAGCAGGUCGGCGUGACGCCCGGCGGCUCGGAGCAGCGGCUGCAGAUGGCGUCGGUGCUGCAGGAAGCCUUCGGCGCCGUCAGGACGGACCUGGAGGCGGUGCUGCCGGAGGGGAGCGGCGGCGCCCCCUGUGGCCAGCUGGCCGACGACAGGACGAUGGCUCUGCUGGAGAAAUACUCGGACAUGCUGCUGCACAUCGCCCGGAGCAAACUGGAGCGCCUCUGAGCCGCCGCCGGACGCUACGGAGGCCGGCGGGGAACAAACUUCAGUUCCAGCAGCCGGGUCGGAGCAGCUGACUGAACGAUCAGUAUUAAAGUCUGUGCACCUUAUAUUUGUCUUUAAAUACUUCUGUUGUGUUUUUAAAGUUCACAUUUUUUGUACAUGUGCUCUUGUUUUAUAUCUUUAAAUAAACGCUCACGUUUUAUCACGUCUUGCA